GCAGCAAGGCCCUGGAAAGGGGCGGCGCUGCGCUCCGGCAGGCGGAGAAGGAGCCGCGGGGGAGACAAAGGUGCCGCUUCGCACCUUUGCCAGGCUGGCCAGCCCCUCCAAGCCCCCGUUUUCCGCUCUCCCCGCCCGGAGCCUUGGUUGUCAGGCGGGUGAAAGGCGAGCGGAGGACCCGGAGCCUGGUAGCCGCCGCCGCGGGUUCCGGCUGGGAGAUCGCAGCGGUGAAGGACAACAAGGAAAAUGUGGGUCCGGGGGCGCUGAGGGUUUCUUGUCUGGGCACCUUUCGAUCCGUGCAGGGGAAUCAUUGUCUGCGAGAGGAUCUGCUGAGGCCCUGAUCCAAAAUGCACAGAACCACCAGGAUAAAGAUCACUGAGCUGAAUCCCCACUUGAUGUGUGCUUUGUGUGGCGGCUACUUCAUAGAUGCAACCACCAUAGUGGAAUGUUUACACUCCUUCUGUAAAACCUGCAUUGUCCGCUACCUGGAGACCAACAAAUACUGUCCCAUGUGUGAUGUCCAGGUGCAUAAAACCAGGCCCCUGCUCAGCAUCAGGUCUGACAAAACCUUACAAGACAUAGUCUACAAACUGGUCCCUGGGCUUUUCAAAGAUGAAAUGAAGAGACGGCGUGACUUCUAUGCAGCCUACCCCAUGGCAGACGUUCCCAAUGGGUCUAAUGAGGAUCGUGGGGAAGUUUCCGAACAAGACAAAGGGAACCUGACAGAUGAUGAAAUUGUCAGCUUAUCCAUAGAGUUUUACGAAGGAAUGAGAGAUGAAAAGAAAGGGACGAUUGAAAACGGGGAUGCGGAGAAGGAAAAGAAGAACGGUGUAAGGUUCCUCCGGUGUCCUGCUGCCAUGACAGUCAUGCAUCUGGCUAAAUUUCUCCGCAAUAAGAUGGAUGUUCCCAGCAAGUACAAAGUGGAAGUUCUCUACGAAGACGAACCUUUAAAGGAAUAUUACACGCUUAUGGACAUCGCCUAUAUCUAUCCUUGGAGAAGGAAUGGGCCUCUCCCUUUGAAAUACCGAGUGCAGCCAGCUUGCAAGAGACUAAAACUGUCCCAGCCUGCAAACUCUGAAUGCACCAACACCAGCGGAGCAUCCGAGUGCGAAUCCGUCAGCGACAAAGCCAACAGCCCUGCCACCUUGCCUGCCACCUCCUCGUCCCUGCCAAGCCCUGCCACACCUUCCCACGGGUCGCCCAGCUCCAACACCACCACGAUAAGCAUCCCUGCCAACCCCGGCACCAUACUCAAUGGCACCUCGAACUGCCACCAAAUGCCACCCUCCGCCAGCAGGGGGCGCAAAAUGACUGUGAAUGGCAGCACAGCAUCGGCCUUGACCUAGAAGGGACCCCUUGGGCAUGACUUUCCAUUUUAUAUAUAAAUAUAUAUGUGUAUAUAGGAAAAAAAUUAUACAUACUUAUUUUCUAUUGAUUGACCAGAUUAAUUUAAAAUGCAAACAACAGACACAAAAUGUGGUUGAGUAUUUUUU